CUCCAGCAGUCAAGGCGGUCCUCUGUAUUUGGCUUCACUCAGAAAGGACAAGACACCAUGGCUGUGGCUAAUUUCCACUACAUUACCCGGAUGAGCAGUGGCUUUAAGGUCUAUAUUUUAGAAGGUCAGCCCCACCUCAGAAGCGAAGACAGAUUCAGACAUAUCACAAAUGACCGGGCUCGAGCCCCAACAGUGUAUCCAGUCAAGCGCAAGCGUAGCCAUGAGAGAGGCCUGACAUUGGAGGAAAGGCGAGAGCGGGCCCUGAGCAGGAGCAGUGGUAAAGCUGCCCAGAGAGCAGCACCAGUGUCUGCACCAGGAGUGUUUAACAGGCCGCAGAGCCCCACAUCUACCUGGAGUCCUACACCCAGCCCCACCAGCCCUCUGCCCACCCAUGUGUACUACACACCAAUCAUGGAUGAACCACUUGCCCUCAUCAAGAAACCAAGAAAAGACCCUGCAAGCACAGAGGAAAAGACUAAAAGCUCUGCUACCACUCAAAUCCAGAUGCGCCCCUCUGUGAUCACUUGCGUCUCCUCAUUAAGAAACCCCUCCAGUAGAGGCCACUCAUCAGUGAUUUCUAAAUCCAACUAUGACCAUGUGGUUGAGGAGCAUUUCCAGAGGAGCCUUGGAGUAAACUACCAGAAAGCUCGCUCCCAGCAGCUCUCCAUCAGCGUGUCUGUCGAUGACCACUUUGCCAAGGCUUUGGGAGACAAGUGGCUGCAGAUUAAAUCCAAGUCUUCCUCUUGUUCUUCCACACCUCCCAGCAGCCCAAGUGUAACUCACUCCCCCACCUACAGCCACAGCCCAAAUCAGUCCCACAAAGAGUCCACCAGCAGCUCAUCGCCAACUUCAAGCCACUGGCCUGUCAAUUAAAGCAGAAAUGACAUCUGAUAUGGCAAGAAACUGGACUUUGUGACUUAAAAUUUCACUGCGUGCACCUCUGCUUAUCAAGCAAUGGAAAUGCCAGCGCUAGUGUUGAGAGGGCGAGCUAACAGAUGCAGUCGAGUGCUGUCACUUUGGACCGCUUGUGUGGCCAAACACACUGACGCAGACAAAUGUAGCAUUUAUUAGGAAGUCCUUGUUUUGUUACAUUUCUAUUCUCUGCUUGUCCAUAGCAUCUGAAUACUUGUGAGACUGUAGAUGUUGAUGUGGGAGGAUUGGAAAGUCAGCCAAAUAAUCCUUUACAUUUCUUUGAUUUUGUGUCAUUCUUUUCAUGCAGUCUGAAUGCCACACUUUCAAUGUAUUAUAUUUAUAUUCUGAGACACCUGGGUCCCUUAUAGUCUAAAUGACUAGCCUAUCUGCUGUAUAAUAUUAUGCUUAUGAGCUGUACACAAAACGAAGACUUUGAAAAAGACUUUGAAAAAAUAAAUAUCUCAAAAAUACUUUAA